AUGGCUCAUCGGUUGUUACGAGACGAGGACGCGGAUGGCUGGGAGCGCAGCGAUUUUCCGAUCAUCUGCGAGACUUGCCUUGGAGCGAACCCUUACGUUCGCAUGACCAAGGCGAGCUUCGACAAGGAGUGCAAGAUCUGUACGCGCCCCUUCACCGUGUUCCGAUGGCGGCCCGGCCGCGACGCGCGCUACAAGAAGACCGAGAUCUGCCAGACGUGCUGCAAGCUCAAGAACGUCUGCCAGGUGUGCAUGUUGGACCUCGAGUACGGGCUGCCAGUGCAGGUGCGCGACACGGCGCUGAACAUCAACACCACGGACGCCAUCCCGCAGAGCGACGUGAACCGCGAGUACUUCGCUGAAGAGCACGACCGGAAGGGUCGCGCAGGGCUAGACUACGAGUCGUCGUUUGGCAAGGCCGCGCCGAACGACCUGCUGUUGAAGCUGCAGCGCACGACGCCCUACUACAAGCGCAACCGCGCGCACAUCUGCUCCUUCUUCGUGCGCGGGGAGUGCACGCGCGGGGCGGAGUGCCCCUACCGCCACGAGAUGCCCAUCACGGGGGAACUGGCGCACCAGAACUUCAAGGACCGCUACUAUGGAGUGAACGAUCCAGUGGCAAAGAAGAUGAUGCGGCUGGCAGCAGAAAUGCCGUCACUGGAAGCACCAGAGGACACGAGCAUCAAGACGCUGUUCGUUGGGGGCGUCGAUUCUCGCAUCACAGAGGCUGACCUAAAGGACAAGUUCUAUGCCUUCGGGGAGGUUGAGUCCAUUCGUCUCAUCACCCCGCGCAGCUGUGCCUUCAUCACCUUCUCCUCGCGCGAAGAGGCAGAGAAGGCGGCUGAGGGCCUCGCCAACAAGCUUAUUAUCAAGGGUAUCAGGCUCAAGCUAGACUGGGGGCGACCCAAAGCAGAGGCUUUGGAAGGAGGAGGGGGGGAUGGGGGAGGGAAGCGGCUGCUGGAAGGGGGAGAGAAGGGAGCAGGGGGAGCGGGUGAGGGGGAUGGGGGAGGGGGAGGAGAGGAGGGAGACGGAGGGGGGUCUGGUGGUGCGGCUGGGGGGAGUGGUUCGGGAGAGGGUCCGGCUGGUGGCAGCUUCGGGUUGCUGCCUCGGGCUGCUGCAGGUUCGGCGGUAGGUCCGGCGACGUCUGCUUCUAUGUAUCCGUCUAUGAACCCUGAGAGGAUGGGGGCACGCACUCGCAACAGGGAGGGGGAAGGAGGAGGAGGGGGAGGGGGAGGAGGCGGAGAAGGGGGAGGGGGAGGGCGUGGUAAUGCUGCUGGCGGUGGUGAUGCGCCUGCGGCUGCAUCUGCUGCUCCACCAUACCCAUACCCGCCUCAUGCGUACCCUCCACCUGGCCACGCCCCCUAUCCUGCCCCCCACCAUCCCCAGCUCUACCAGCCUGCCCCAGGUGGUCCAUCAGGUGCCCAACAACAGUAUCCAGAUGCCCCUCCAGGUGCUCAACAACAGUACCCAGGUGGCCCUUCAGGUGGGCCACAACAGUACCCAGGUUUUCCCCCAGGUGCACAGCAGCAGUAUUCCCGACCUCCAUCCCAACCCUACCCUCCCCAACAGUACCCCGGGCCUGGGCCAGCAGUGCAGCGGUUACAGCAGCAAAAGUGUGCCGGUUACAACAGCAGGAGCGCGGCGAUUAAAGCAGCAGGAGUGCGGGCAGGAGUGCGGCUACAGCGGCAGGAGUGCGGUUACAGCAGCAGGAGUGCGGUCACAGCAGGAGUGCAGCUACAGCGGCAGGAGUGCGGUUACAGCAGGAGUAAUGCAGUGAGAGCCAGGCCAAUGGAGGCAAGCAGGUGGAAGAUGGAGGCAGUGGCUCCUGCAGGAGAAUGGAAGAACCAAGGAGGGGGAUCUUAG